ACCACGUUGAAUUGCUCAGGCCCACAGGAUUACAAAUUUGAGAAACCAACGGAUCAUGUUAAUUCAUCACCCCUCCCAAUCUUAAAAAAAUAUCCUACAUUUUGGCAAGUUGCUCUAAUGCUCCAGACAACCUCAAUGACACCGAAGAAGGGGGAAGAAGAGAAGGCUCAGUUUUAAGUUUUACUAGAUUUUGACUUUUUCUGGGUCAGGUCCGAACUCGGUAAAUGGAGUUCCCGUUGGUGUCGCGGGCUCCUAAUCCCCCAGUAACUUGGUUUUGUAAUUAUGAGUUGCCCGUGAGAAUAAUAGAGAUGAAAAAGAAGAAGGGAGUUCUGGCAAAUAAUGGGGUGGUGAGGGCGGAGAGGAGUAGUGGUGCUGGUGGAAAAGCGGUGGAGAGAGAAGAAAGAGAGAGUCGGGUAUAUAGGACGGGUUCGGGUAUUGAUGUUACCACUUUUAAUGAAAGCUUUAAUGAUGCAGAAUUUUCAGUCUGGGAAAAGAUUGGAACUGUUGUUAGACUAAGUUAUGGAAUUGGAAUAUAUGGUGCCAUGGCUUUGGUAGGAAGGUUUAUAUGCUCGAUCACUGGAAUUGAUACCUCGGGAGGUUUUGAUCUGUCAUUAGAUGCCAUUGUGGAGGGAUUGGGAUAUGCAGCUCCUCCUAUUAUGGCCCUUCUAUUUAUACUAGACGAUGAAGUUGUAAAAUUAUCACCUCAUGCUCGUGCAAUCAGAGAUGUAGAGGACGAGGAGUUACGGAGUUUCUUUUACGGAAUGUCACCAUGGCAGUUUAUACUCAUUGUUGCUGCGAGCUCUAUUGGAGAGGAGCUUUUCUACCGUGCUGCUGUUCAGGGAGCCCUGGCUGAUGUAUUUUUGAGGAGCGGUGAUUUGGUUGGAGAUGCUCGAGGAAUGACAUCUCUGGCUGGUGUGCUUCCUCCAUUUGUACCAUUUGCACAGGGAUUUGCUGCUGUCAUUACUGCUGCUCUUACAGGUUCACUUUACUACAUGGCAGCCUCUCCGAAAGACCCCACCUACGUAGUUGCGCCAAUACUGAAGUCCCAUUCCGGCCGCAAAGAACUGAAAAAACUAUUUGCAGCCUGGCACGAGAGGCGGCAAAUGAAGAAGAUAUAUUCUCCCUUACUUGAAGCACUUUUGGCUCUUUAUCUUGGAUUCGAAUGGAUCCAGACGAAUAAUAUUCUGGCACCUAUUAUAACACACGGCAUAUACUCGGCCGUCAUCUUGGGCCACGGCCUUUGGAAAAUCCACGAUCACCGACGAAGACUACGCCAGAGACUUCAACAGCUUAAACUAGAAGGUAAAGAUUGAAGGAGAUUAUGACGCUGGUGUAUAACAGGGAGCUAAAUCGCUAGUUUCAAAAGGACAUUUUCACACUUUACCAGCGAAGGCUGAUUGUUUGUAUCUGCAUAUAUUGCCCCCAUAAAUGUUUAUUGUAGAAACAGGGAGACAGUGAAUAUACAUAGUUUCAGAGGCAGGGUUUGUACAUUAAAAACAAUGAACAUAGUAGGGACAACUGGAACUUGUAUGUGUGAGAUUUGAGUCUAUUUUACGAACUGAAAUCAGAGAGCCCAAUUAGUCGAGUAUUCUUUAAUUGAUA